AUGAGCAGAUAUUGGGAACAAUUGGGAGAAGAAACUGUUGUAGAUUUUCCAGAAUGGAUGAAAAGAUAUUUUAUGGAAACAAUCGUGACCACUACCAGUAGUAAACCAGCUCACGCUUUAUCCAAUUUUUAUAAAAGGUUGUCUAAUAAGAAAAUUGAUGGAGGGGUUAGCGAAAGUGAAGAGUACAUAGAAGUCGCUCAACAUUUAAAUGAAAUAGUACAUUGGUUUUCAAUUGUUCCCGAAUAUUUGCGUAACUUUCCUGGAAUUAAUUUACGCACCAAGAAGUAUAAGGAAAAAUAUUUUUUGUUAAAUAAUAUGAUCCUUAAAAUGGUUAAAGAUAGACGAGCGGAGAUCGAAGCAACACCUGAAGAUCAACCACUUGUUCCAGAUAUGUUAACCAUGUUCUUGACGGUUAACACUCCACGUGACGUCACUGAAAGAAUUGCUGAUGAUCAGAAUAAUAAACCGAUGACCGAUGAAGAAGUUGUCGGGAAUUACUUUGAAGUUUUGGGAGCGGGGAUUAGUACGGGAUCAAACGCCAUCUGUUUUUUAGUUUAUUACCUAUCCCAUCAUCCCGAUGUUAAACGAAAGCUGUUGAAAGAAUUUGAAGUGGUCGUCGGAAGAAAUCCUAACACUAAGAAAAUUACUAUCGACGUUAUUAACAAACUUGAGUACACCGAAGCUUUUAUUAAAGAAGUUAAUAGAUUUACCCCUAUUGUCCCCCUUAUUAAAAAACAAAAUAGAGAACCUGUUGAAAUUGGUGGUAUUAAGUUCCCGGCUAAUACAAUAUUUUUCUCAAGUAGCUUGCUUCUUCACAGGCAUAAAUCCCAGUGGUCUAAUCCCGAAGAAUUUAAUCCGGAUCGAUUUUUAAAGUCAAGUCCAGAGAGUAAAAAUCCUUUUUACAUGUUUGGUUCGGGUGAAAGAAAGUGUCCCGGAAGAAAUCUAGCAUUGUUAGAACUCAAGGCUACAUUACUUUUGCUGUAUUCAAAAUAUGAUGUAGAGCUUGUGGACAUGAAUGCGCCCAUAAAGUAUCGCGAAACAAUCCUGAGGAAGUGUACCAAAUUAAAAGUAAGAAUUAAAAAACGACGAGAUUUGAAUUAA